AUGGUUCAGGUGCAGGAGAUGGGGCCAAGCUCUUUGGUUGUGUGCGAGGUGGAUGAGAGUCUGAAAGAAAAACUGAAGAAGUUUAGAUUUCGAAAAGAGACCAACAAUGCAGCCAUCCUGAUGAAAAUUGACAUGGAGAAACAGCUUGUGAUCCUGGAGGAAGAGUAUGAGGACAUCUCCCUGGAUGACCUGAGGAAUGAACUUCCAGAGCGGCAGCCAAGAUUCAUUGUUUACAGCUACAAAUACAUCCAUACAGAUGGCAGGGUGUCCUACCCGCUGUGUUUCAUAUUCUCAAGUCCAGUGGGUGAGUAAUUCAUCCUAAUUCAGUGAACAGCCAAUUAAGUGAAGGAUUAGCAUUACUGUACUGCAACAUCCUUUUGAACAAAAUAACUUUUCGAAGGUAGUAAGUGAUAAUUGAAAGUAAUGAGAUUCAAUCAAUAUUUACCAUAUGGUGAGAUCAAAGGUUCAGUGGACAGACAUCUGUAGUUUAUGCACCCUCCUCAUUCUCAAUAGGUUUUUGAGACGCGAAACAUAGACCACUUGUCUGAAGAGUGGCUGAUAAACAAACUGUCUUUCUUUCGCUGAAUAGACACUUGUGUUCACGUUAGCAAAAGUGCAUGUGUUGAACAUACCAGCACAUUAACUUCAUUACUGGUUUGCAAUAAAUUGCUUAUAGUGUCACUUAUGUUAUUGCAUUCUUAUUCCUUAGUUGUACUCAGAAACCAUUAUUACCAGCCUGGUUGCCAGUCUUUCUGCUCUCUUUUGUUGAC